UGAAAUCUGAUGGUGCCUAUAAGAAAAUCCUACAGUGUACUACUCUUCGAUGUGUAUGACAAAACUGUGCUACACCUGGCAGGGCUCGCUAAAGGGCAGAGGAAAGUACUGCAGUGCUACAACUGUAGUUGCUUCUGCUGCUGUCGCAAUGUAAUGACAUUGACAUAAGUUAACGGCACCAGACAAUCACGUCAUUUCCGGGCCUCAUCGAGUCCGAGACGUGGCGACGUAGGGUCCGGGUACCAGCCGGAACGGGAUGGCGGCGGAGCUGCGCGGGGCCGACCAGGGAGGCUCUGCGUCUCUGUGCUCGCUGAGAAAAUGGCACCCCGAGACCGCCUGGUAGUAGCGCCCCCCUCCGCCAUGCGCAAGCGAGGGGCUCGAAAGCGCCUCAGAUUUCGGGCCAGUGAUGUCUGUUCGGAGCGUGUGACCGUGGCGGAUUACGCCAACUCUGAUCCCGCAGUGGUGAAGUCCGGGCGCGUAAAGAAGGCUGUGGCCAACGCACUGCAGCAGGAAGUGAAAUCACUUUGUGGUUUGGAAGCCUCUUGUGUACCGACUGAUGAAGUGCUAUCAGUGGCAGAAUCCUGUGGCAGUAGUGAUGAAAUGGAUUCUAAGGAGUUGGCCACUGAUAGAAUGUUGUCUAGGAAAAAGAAAAGAGAGAGGCAUAAAGAAAACUCUGAUGGAGUAGUAGGCAAAGAGUAUCCCAUUGACAUUUGGUUGGUGCUGGCAUCCUACAUACGUCCAGAAGAUACUGUGAACUUUUCUCUUAUUUGUAAAAGAACCUGGACUGUCACUUGCACUGCUGCCUUUUGGACCAGACUUUACAGAAGGCAUUACAAUAGGAAUUCAUCCCUCCCAAUCCGUUUACAGCCAGAGUCGAUGGAAAAGAUGUACUGUCUGCGUGCGUGCGUGAUUCGCUCUUUAUAUCAUAUGUAUAGACCUUUUGUUUCUCGAGUAGCCAAGAAUCCAGCUGUCCCAGAGACUACUCCAAGCACUUUAAAAAAUUCAAGAUGUCUGCUUUUCUGGUCUAGAAGGGUUGACCGACAGCCUUCACUGUGGGAAUUCAGCUUCAAAUUCCAAAGACAGUCUCCCAAGUUAAAGAACAGUCGUCUAAAACCUCUUCAACCUCCUGUCCGGUAUGAAGAUGUCCACAUGAACCCUGACCAAGACUGCUGCCUAUUGCAAAUCACUACCCUUGACUUUAUAUAUGUACCAAUAGUCAUGGGCAUGACAGUUACCUUGUUCACAAUAAAUGUAAGCACUGACAUGAGGCAUCACAGAGUGAAAAUGGUAUUUCAUGAUUCUCCAGUUUGGAAUGGCAAGAAACCCAGAUUUGACCAUGGAGUGCAGAUAGUAAUGGACCCUGUGCACAGUGUGCGUCUCUUUGACUGGUGGCACCCACAGUUCCCCUCUUCAUACAUCUGAAGACUCACAAGUAGUUUGCUUCAUAUAAACUGAAAAAUCUCCAGGAAGCCUAAUUUUAUUUGUAGAAUAUAUUCUAUACAAUCUCCAUAAAUGACUAAACUUGAUAAGCUGGUCUCUGUAUAUAUUUGAUCCAGUGGGGGAGGGGAGAGAAUUCUGUAGUAAUAAAGGUGUAUAAACACUAUGUAAGACA